UCCGCUAUAAAACAGGAAGUGGUAUUCUCGCAACAACAGCGCAUUGAUUUUCACCCACAACAAUAAAAGGGAGACGAAUUCUAACAAUUAAAAAACCCGUCUCAGCUACUCACAUAAACGUCAUUAAUCUCCGGGUUUUAAAGAAACACCACAGUCAGCCAUGCUGUCGGAUGCAGACUAUCCUGGGAAUGCCUCUGGUGCUCGGCGAGCCAAGAAGAGGAGCUCCGGGGACUCCCCGGGGGACGGACAGACCUUGCGCUCCUCUGGAAGGCAGAUUAAUGUCCGGGUGAAGCGCACCAACAACCCUCCACCUGGACAGAGCAAAAGAAAAGCCACAGACACAGAGGAGGAAGAUGACCAGUCCGAGAAGAAGUACAGAAAGUGUGAGAAGGCCGGAUGCUCUGCCACAUAUCCAGUUUGCUUUGCAAGUGCAUCUGAAAGGUGUGCUAAAAAUGGAUACACAUCUCGCUGGUAUCAUCUGUCAUGUGGUGAGCAUUUCUGCAACGAGUGUUUUGAUCACUACUACAGAAGCCACAAAGAUGGCUAUGAGACCUUUGCCUCGUGGAAGAAGGUAUGGACUAGUAACGGGAAAAGUGAGCCCAGUCUUAAAGCUUUCAUGGCAGAUCAGCAGCUGCCAUUCUGGGUACAAUGCACUAAACCAGACUGUAGGAAAUGGCGUCAGUUGACCAAGGAGAUCCAGCUCACUGCUUCCCUAGCAGCAACGUACCGCUGUGGGAUGAAGUUCAACAACAUCAAGUGUGAGGGACUGGACCAGUGCUCCCAACCAGAGGACUUGAGAGUGGCCGAGGUGACUGACAGCUGGUGGCAUUCCAUGUUGAUUUUGCCUCCGUUGUUCAAAGAAAGUCCAGCCAGCCCGUUCCUCACUGCCUACUACCCUGACUGUGUGGGAAUGAGUCCAUCAGGCUCUCCAAGCAACAUGUCUGAGCUGAGGGCAGAUCACUGCAGAGCCGUCCAGCCACAAAUUCCAGGCCUGUGUCCAUACUUCCAGCCAUUCUACCAGCCUAAUGAGUGUGGUAAGGCUCUGUGCGUUCGGCCGGAUAUGAUGGAGCUGGAUGAGCUUUACGAGUUUCCAGAAUUUUCCAGGGAUCCCACCAUGUAUUUGGCUUUGCGUAACCUUAUUCUGGCAUCCUGGCACAAGAAUUGCAAGGAGUUGCUGACUUCCCAGAAAUGUGCCAUGCACAUCAUUGUCCGGGGGUUGGUGCGUGUGCGCUGCGUGCAGGAGAUGGACCGGGUGCUCCACUUCAUGAUCAGGAAGGGCCUCAUCAACACUGGUGUGUUGGCAGUGAAACAGCCUCUGCUCCCUGAAAGACACGGCUCUAGGAACGUUAUCAUCAUCGGUGCCGGGGCUUCAGGGCUGGCUGCUGCACGGCAGCUGCAAAACUUUGGCACUCAGUUGGUGGUGCUUGAGGCCAGGGAGAGAAUUGGAGGUCGUGUGUGGGAUGAUACUUCUCUGGGCGUCACUGUAGGGCGAGGAGCUCAAAUUGUCAAUGGCUGUGUAAACAACCCCAUCGCCCUGAUGUGUGAACAGAUGGGCAUCAAGAUGCACAAGCUGGGAGAGCGGUGUGACCUCUUCCAGGAGGGGGGGCAGGUCACUGACCCAGCCAUUGACAAGCGCAUGGAGUUCCACUUCAACGCCAUCCUGGACGUGGUGUCAGAAUGGAGGAAGGACAAGACGCAGAACCAGGACACACCACUAAGAGAAAAAGUCCAGGAGGUGAAGAAGAACUUCCUUCAGGAGUCUGGAAUCCAGUUCAGUGAGUUAGAGGAGAAAGUGCUUCAGUUUCAUCUCAGCAACCUGGAGUACGCCUGUGGAAGCACGUUAGACCAGGUAUCGGCAAGAUCUUGGGACCACAAUGAGUUUUUUGCCCAGUUCUCAGGAGACCACACUUUACUCACCAAGGGCUACUCUGCUUUACUCCACAAACUGGCCGAGGGCCUCGAUAUCCGCACAAAGUGCCCGAUUCAGGCCAUUGAUUACUCUGGUGAUGUUGUCAAAGUUACCUCCUCCAACGGGUCCCAGUGGAAAGCACAGAAGGUUCUUGUUACGGUCCCAUUGACUUUACUUCAGAGGAACUUGAUUCAGUUCAACCCUCCACUUCCUGAAAGGAAAUUGAAAGCAAUUCACAGUCUAGGAGCUGGUAUCAUAGAAAAGAUCGCUCUUCAGUUCCCGUACAGAUUCUGGGACAAGAAAAUCCAAGGUGCAGACUACUUUGGUCACAUACCACCAGGCACUGACAAGAGAGGCAUGUUCAGUGUCUUCUAUGACUUGGAUCCACAGGGGAAGCGGGCUGUCCUCAUGUCCGUUAUCACUGGUGAGGCUGUUCCUGCUGUCCGAGACAUGGAGGACAAGGAGGUGGUGGAUGAGUGCAUGAAGAUCCUGCGAGAACUUUUCAAAGAGCAGGAGGUCCCAGAGCCGCUGCAUUUCUUUGUCACACAUUGGAGCAAAGACGUGUGGUCCCAGAUGUCCUACAGCUUUGUAAAGACGGGGGGAAGUGGAGAGGCCUACGACAUCCUCGCUGAAGACGUGCAGGGAAAAGUGUUCUUUGCUGGAGAGGCCACCAACAGACAUUUCCCUCAGACUGUGACGGGAGCCUACCUGAGUGGGGUCAGAGAGGCCAGCAAGAUGGCUGCUAUGUAAACUCUGUCAGUACCUGAGCACUCCCAAACACCAGCAUGGACACACGGGUUGCACAAAGCAGCAGACCGUUAAACAACCUGGACUGAGUUAACCUUGCUCCACUUGUAAUGAUAUUUCACUGUACUGUGAUGCGUCUGAUCAGCAAGAUGCUGUUAGAUACUUUUCCAACAGCGGGGUCAAGUAGGGCUUUUCAGGGCCUGGGCUCUACAUAUUUAACACAAACAAGUGCUUUUUAUUUAUAUAAAAAAAUCAAGCUGGUAAAACGUUUGCAGGUGACACGACACAAAAUGAAGAGCAAGACAUCAAUAAUGGAUAAUCCCUGUGCAGCUCUGCCUGGGUCCACUGUGCUAGAAAGCAGGAUGAUGUUGAGUUUAAUGAGUGGUGUAGGUAGCACUUCAGUGAUUAAAAAAUGGUCAGAACAUUUCAUUUUGAAAGAUUAAGGUUCUAAAACAUUGGUAAACUCUCUGUUGUCUAAUCAUUAAUUAAGUCAAAUUUAAUUUCCAAGGAUCAAGUUUCAAGAGAUUAUAUCAUAGUGAUAUUAAAAAAUCUUUGAGUGUUACCAAUGUUUUAUAGAGCUGUAAUGAUAGAUUAGCAUUAUGUGAUAUGUGUUGGGUGAUGUGAAAUGGGAAGUUAGAUAUAUAUAUAGUAGGAGUACUUCUGUAGCACUUUUGAUUUAAAAACAGUAAGAAAUGAAUAGUUCAUGUGUAUGACAAGUUGAAUAGCAAGUAUGACAGAAGGAUUGUCCCCCUACGGUCUCAGGGAUGUGAUCAAGACAACAGAAAAUUACAGAAGAAAAUAAUUUUGAGAGGACAAUUCUGAAAAUGGUUGGAACAAAAUAACACAACCAACCGAAGGAGGAAAAAAAAACUAUUUCUCUUUUAUUAGUUUCAAUGAGCAGCACAACAAUGUCCUCACUUUCUUUGAUUAAUGUUGACUAAUGAAGCUUUACAUGUACUGUAGGUCCUCAUAUCUCUGUCUGGAUCAGUACAUCUAGAUGAUCAUGUCCUGUUUGUCCAGCAUUACAGUGCUUGAGUAUUUAUCUUGUAUGUGUGUAAUAAACUGAGCUAUCAACUGCCA